AUGGUUGGCCUAGGGCCGAGUGAUCAAGGAUGUGAUUCCUUUGAUGUGUGUAUGGUGGCACGUGAAACUACACCGAGUGCGGUCGGCCGUGAGAGCACCGCACCGAAUGUCGGUAAUGACAUUUUUGGUGAUAAGCCAUUUAGUGUGGGCGGCCGUGAAGACUCCACGCUUAACGUCGGUAAUGGCGUUGUUGGCGACUCGCCAUAUAUUGUGGGCGGCCGUGAGGGCACCACACCUAAUGUCAAUAAUGAUAUUGUUGGCGAUACGCCGUAUAGUGUGGACGGCCGUGAGGGCACCACGCUUAACGCCGGUAAUGGCGUUGUUGGCGAUACGCCGUAUAGCGUGGGCGGCCGUGAGGGCACCACACCUAAUGUCAGUAAUGAUACUGUUGGCGAUACGCCGUAUAGUGUGGACGGCCGUGAGGGCACCACACCUAAUGUCAAUAAUGAUAUUGUUGGCGAUACGCCGUAUAGUGUGGACGGCCGUGAGGGCACCAGGAUUAACGCCGGUAAUGGCGUUGUUGGCGAUACGCCGUAUAGUGUGGGCGGCCGUGAGGGCACCACACCUAAUGUCAGUAAUGAUACUGUUGGCGAUACGCCGUAUAGUGUGGACGGCCGUGAGGGCACCACACCUAAUGUCGGUCAAGACAAAAGCUCUCGUAUAGAGCGUCUCGAAGAGACGAUCGAGACGCCGGGUAGCUACUUUUAA